CGGCGUUUUGUCCUUCAGUCGUUUUGCUAAAGACGCAGACGAUGAUUAACAUGAGCUCCUGGUCUCCCAACGAGAACCCACUCACCAGCACUCUGCGCCCCCGCCGCGGUCACUGCCACCAGAGAACAGACCCCACGUGGAGAAAGUGUUGGAAGCGAAAGACGACCUUUAUUCAUCAUCACACCUGAGUGUGGUGGUAUUGUGCAGCAAGACUGUCAAAAAUGAUGGCAGAAUCUAUGCCGUACUGCGGCACGGCUGGCCCCCUAUCGGGGCUGGAGCUGGAGGCCUGGUAUGAGGACCUACAAGACAUCUUGUCCACGGAAACAAAAGAUAACACAGCUGUCCAGUUGGUAUCUGAGCAGGUGGAAACUCUGGAUAGUUCUCCUUACCUCUGGACUCUUGAGUCAAUCGAUUCCACUUUACCUGUGAACUUUACCGAUGAAGAAGUGGUUGCUUUGGAAACAGUGGUCGACCAAUUGCCUUCUGAGGUCUUGGAGUUUCUAGCCCAGGGAUCACUCAAUGACUUUGAUAAUCCAUCUACUUCUUCAGAGUCUUUAAGCAACCAACAGGAAGAGGCCAUAGAGGUGGAUUCUGGCUGCAGUAGCUGUCCAUCCCAAACCCAUACAGAGGACGAGGACUCCAGUGGCAGCCAAUGUGGAACAAAGCGGAAAAGGAACACCCAGCCUAGAGGAGGGAAGGUGCGAAUGAAGGAGAAGGAACAAGAGAAUGACAAGAAAGUAGCUCAUUUAGUGACUGAGAACGAGCGUUUAAAGGGGGAGAUUGAACGUCUUACUUUGGAGGUGGAGAGGACCAGGAAGUCUCUCAUAGAAAGAAUGGUUAACAUGAAAAAAUGAACCCUGCAAGUAAUUCUAUAAGAACUGCCUGGAAAACUGUUAUUUAUGGAGUUAUUGUCAUAACUGUGUAUGGAUCUGUGUAACAUUAUUUAAUGUCUAGAAGGGUAAGGCCUCCUGCACGCAUGGCUGCAGACUAUAUCAAAUUUGUAUUAAAGUACUCCGGUGCAUUUUUUUUUUUUUUAACCCUAUAUGCCCGGGAUACCAAGGGAAACAAAACACACUAACUCCCCAAUCCUCCACCCCCCUGGUUUUUGAUAUUGGUAUCCUGUUCACCUGCUAUGGAUUUGAACUUGUAAAAUCUACGGUUGCAGAAUUGAUGUUGUAAGCCGCAACUGCUGAUUUCAUGUAUUUGGGAUUGCCUUGUACAAUCCGCAACUUCAAAUCUGCAGCAGCGUCAGUGUAUAACACUUAGGUUAUAUUGACAUGUACAGAUUUUAAAGAUGUAGUAUACAUUAAUCUUCAACAACUUUGCAGCAGAUACUUCAUGUGUGAAAAUACCUUUUAAGGAUGUUUCCCAACCAGGGUGCCUCCAGCUGUUGCAAAACUACAACUCCCAGCAUGUCCAGACAGCCUUUAGCUGUCUGCGCAUGCUGGGAGUUGUAAUUUUGUACAGCUGGAGGCACCCUGGUUAGGAAAUACUGCAUUAAGGUCCUCCAUACAUAUUAGACAGUCCAGCUAACCCCUUCUAUUAUGUAUGGUGGUCUUGUGACAUGUCGAGAGAUAAAGAUGCAGCACAUUGGACUGCUUGCUUUUUGUGGUGUGGGCUUUUUGGUUUAAGGAGCCAUGUGCAUGAGGCCUUUCUUUCAAAACAGCACUCGCGUGUAUGUUCUGUCCCUCUACCUGUUUGCAAUUGAAUAUAGCAUGUCUCCUUUGUAGUUAAAAUCAGACUGGAAAAUAUUCUAAGAGGAACAUGGUAUAAAUGCGGUGGGAUCACAUUUGAAAGCUUUUCUGAUGUAAUUAGAGAUGAGCGAACUUACAAUAAAUUCGAUUCGUCACAAACUUCUCGGCUCGGCAGUUGAUGAC